AUGGCUAAGAUGGAACAGAUUAAGAAAAAGUUGGAAGAGCUUAAGCAAGACACGGAAGAAGCUAAUACACGAGCGGACGAAUCGGAAGUAGCUCGUAAAGAAGCUUGUGGUCGAUUGGAUAUUGCUGAACAAGAACUUGCAUCGUUAAUACGUCGUAAAACGUUAUUAGAAAGCGAUUUAAAUCGUACCGAAGAACGUUUAUCCGAAGCUGAAUCGAGGUUAAAUUCCGCAUCGACUUCCAAUCUAGAUUUAGAAAAUGAAAGGAAACGACUUGAAGAUGUGGAUUAUGCUGACGAUGAAAGAAUUGAUCAAAUUGAGAGUGACCUUAAAGCGGCCAAGUUAUCCACUGAAGAAGCCGAACGACAAUUUGAAGAAGCUGAACGAAAACUAAGAGUUUUAGAAGGCGAUCAUCAACGGGCCAUUGAAAAGGCGUCAAGUAGUGAUUCUAAAAUUACUAAUUUAGAAGGAGAAUUACAGGGAGUUAAUGAAAACUUGAAGGAAGCAGACGAUGCUGAAAGAAUAGCCAAUGAUCAAGAGGAAGACUACCAAGCCAAGAUUAAAGCUCUAGAAGAGCGUCUCUUGGCUGCUGAUGUUCGAUUAGAAGCUGCAGAUAGGCGUAAAGGCCAGUUAAAUCGUCAACUAGGGGAAAUCAAUGAUCUGUUGGAUGAAAAAAGACGUAAGUGUGAAGCUGUCAAGGAUGAGUUAGAUAGUAUAUUAGAAGAACUCAACGAAGCUUAA